UUUAAAACGAUGCCCAACUCUCUGCCUGGUUUCAUUUCGUCCUUUGUAGUCCGAUCUAUCCACGUUUCUUGCUCUGUCUCUACAUAUAUAGCCUAGAAAUCCGAAGCCCGCUUCGAAAUAUCAUUCCUUUUCUUCUUCUUACUCUUCUUCCGGGGUCUUUAGUUCUCAAAAAGCCAUGGGUGAUGACGGGUUUGUAAGCAAAGAGAACCCAGUGAAAGCAAAAGAUAAAAAGAAGAAGAAGAAGAAGCGUGGAGGUACCAAGAAGAAGAUGACAGCUGAGCAGACUCUGGCUUUCAAGGCUGUCACUGAAUGGGUGUAUUUGGAUCAGCAGUCUUCUCCUCCUUUAGUUUCCUCUGCUUCUGCUUGUGUUGUUGACGAUUUUGGGGUGCAGAAGACUAUGGUCAGAGGAGGAGAGAAGGUUGUCUUUGAAUUGCAUUCUCAUUCUAAAUUCAGUGAUGGGUUCUUGUCACCUUCCAAGCUUGUGGAGAGAGCUCAUGGGAAUGGGGUGAAAGUUCUUGCUUUAACAGAUCAUGACACAAUGGCUGGUAUCCCUGAGGCUACAGAAGCAGCUCGGAGAUUUGGCAUCAAGAUAAUUCCCGGCGUUGAGAUCAGCACAAUAUAUUCACCUAGAAAUUCUGAAGCAGAGGAGCCAGUGCACAUUCUUGCAUAUUACAGCAGCUGUGGACCAGCAAAAUUUGAUGAACUGGAAAAGUUCUUGGCUAACAUAAGAGAUGGCCGUUUUCUUCGAGCAAAAGAUAUGAUCUUGAAACUCAACAAACUCAAGUUACCUCUUAAGUGGGAACAUGUUGCCAGGAUUGCUGGUAAAGGAGUUGCUCCUGGGAGACUGCAUGUGGCUCGGGCUAUGGUUGAAGCAGGCUAUGUCGAGAAUCUGAAACAAGCUUUUGCCAAGUAUCUAUACGAUGGUGGUCCUGCUUAUUCCACGGGAAGUGAGCCUCUUGCAGAGGAAGCAGUGCAACUGAUAUGUGAAACCGGGGGUCUUGCAGUUCUGGCUCAUCCAUGGGCAUUGAAGAAUCCUGUUGCAGUUAUCAGAAGGUUGAAAGAUGCAGGUCUUCAUGGGUUGGAAGUUUAUAGAAGCGAUGGGAAAUUGGCAGUAUACAGUGAUCUAGCAGAUGUUUAUGGUCUUUUGAAGCUUGGAGGUUCGGAUUACCAUGGAAGGGGUGGAAAUGGCGAAUCUGAACUGGGAAGUGUCAAUCUUCCUGUGUUGGCUUUGCACGACUUCCUCAAAGUAGCUCGUCCGAUCUGGUGUGGUGCUAUAAGGGCCAUUCUUGAGAACUAUGCCAAGGAGCCAUCCGAUACUAACCUAGCAAGAAUAACAAGAUAUGGAAGAACAAGAAUUUCUCCGUCGAGUUGUGGGAUGGAUUUGAUUGACUGUUGCUUAUCAUCAUGGUUAACAAAUGAAGAGAGACAGAACUCCGAGUUCGAGGCCAUUAAGCUGAAGCUUUCUCAUAUUUCAGUUAAUGAAGGAGGUCUUCAUGUUCCUAUAGAGAGUAAAUAACUCAAAACUGAUAUUUCCUGGCUUGUUUUAACUCCUCUUUUGGUUCGUUUCGGUGUUUGUUUUAUCUCUUGGGAACUUUAUCAAGGGUAGCAUCAUAGCUUUUCCAUCCAUAUUCAUUCAUUUCUCCCUGGGUAGAUUCUUAGGAAUGAGACUCUCAAAAGGUGCAAAAUCAGAUACUACUCCUCUGUAGAUUAACUGUGAGCUUCAAGUUUUCUGUUCUUAAAUCUUCUCUCUAUUCCCCUAUUCACUUACUAGAGACUGGAGAGUAGAGUUAGCAGAGAAGCUAGAAUUUGGCUACUGACCAGUAGAUACCUAGAUUUCAAAUUGUCACCAGAUUACAUGGCAAGAAGAGUUGUGGUUCACUUGGUUUAGCAGCAAGCAACUCUUGAACUUCUUAAAUUUGCAGAAUUUAAACUUAUUUACACUCCUUGAUA